AAAGAACUUAUAAUGAAAUAUUUGGUAUACUUCAAUUAAAUAUACAAGAAAAAACUUAUGAGGAAAUAAUGAAUACUCAUAAAGAUACACUUGCAAAACUUAAUAUUGAUCUUUGUAGAAGAUGUUUAUAUCUAAUAAAAGUGGAAGAUGGAGAAUAUUGUGAUAGUU